AUGUUCACAUUCUCCCAUCGUCUGCUCAUACCGUUUUACCUGGCUCUCAAUGCAUUCAGCAGUAUUACUAUUGUCUUCAUUAACAAAUGGAUAUUUGAGGAUCAUGACUUCAGGGGAAGUAUUACGCUAACACUGAUUCACUUCGUGGUGACCUUUCUCGGUUUAUUGUUAUCCUUGGCAUGUGGUGUUUUUGAACCGAAACGAAUUAGCAUAAUACGUGUUUUGCCAUUGAGUAUCAGCUUUUGCGGUUUUGUUGUUUUAACAAAUAUGUCAUUGCUAUAUAAUUCUGUUGGUUUUUAUCAACUCAUUAAGGUUCUUACCACACCCUUACUGGUGGUGAUGGAGACAUUCAUCUACAGACAGACAUUCUCCACCAAGAUCAAGCUUUCACUUGCGCUAAUUUGCAUUGGGGUUGCGAUAGCAACCGUGACAGACAGUGAAGUGAACCUCACUGGUGUUGUUAUUGCUUUGUCAGCACUCUUGGUAACGUGCCAGUAUCAAAUAUGGGUUGGAACAAAGCAAAAGGAACUCGAGUGCGAUUCCUGUCAGCUACUAUUCUACCAGGCACCUCUCUCUGCUCUUUUGCUUGUACCCAUCGCUUACUUUGUUGAGGGGCCCAAAUUGAUUUAUCCUUGUUCAGAUACCGUGAUGGUCAUUUUAUUUAGUGGCGUUGUUGCAUUCCUUGUAAAUAUCUCCAUUUUUCUUGUUAUUGGCAAAACUUCUCCAGUGACGUACAACGUUUUGGGCCACUUCAAGCUUUGUGUCAUUCUUUUCUUUGGGUACUUUUUCUUCGGAGGUGACAUGAAUGUCAAAAAACUUCUCGGGGUCAUCCUUACCCUUGCUGGCGUCUUCUGGUACACACAUCUUAAAACAGCAUCGCGGGCGUUAGAGGAGGAGUCGAUUAUACAAAAAGAUCUGGAUAAGGAUGACGAUAAGAUGCGUGUUUAG